ACAGCCAUACACAGCCAGUGCCAUAUGGAGAUAGAGCGAGCCCUACACAUGGUUGGAGGCGAUGGAAAUGACAGCUAUGCCACUAAUUCCAGGCUACCUAUGAAGGCCAUCAUGGAGACCAAGCCAGUGCUCUGCAAGGCAAUAGAGGGGGUUUUUGCGUCCCUAUCCUCUCCAGCUCCGGCGAAGAUCGUCAUCGCUGACCUCGGCUGCUCGUCGGGUCCCAACACGCUGCUAGUCGUGUCGGGAGUGAUCAGCAUGAUCUCCACUAGUGGCUACCCGGAAAAGACGGAACUACAGUUCUUCCUUAAUGACCUACCUGGCAAUGACUUUAACUACGUCUUCCGGUCGCUGCAGCAGCUCAAGCAGCUUGCUGACCGGAAGGAGAGAUUGUUGGAGCCACCAUACUACAUCGCUGGUCUACCAGGAUCGUUCUACACUAGGCUCUUCCCUUGCCAGAGUGUCCACCUCUUCCACUGUUCCUACGCCCUCAUGUGGCGCUCCAAGGUCCCUAAAGAGCUCUCAAGUGGCGUCCAUCUGAAUAAAGGCAACAUCUGCAUCGGGAAGGCUACGCCAUCACAUGUCGUCAAAUUGUUCCAGAAGAAGUUCAAAGAGGACUUCUCACUGUUCCUCGCACUUCGCUCAGAGGAACUCGUAAGUGGCGGCUGCAUGGUGCUAACAUUCCUAGGCCGAAAGAGCUCAGAAAUGCUGGCGCAUGGCGACGUCGACACCAUGUGGGAAUUACUUGCCGAAGCUCUCCAAAUUUUGGUCCAAAAGGGGCGCGUGAAGGAAGAGGAUCUGACCACCUUCAACCUGCCGUUCUACGCGCCAUCGGUGGACGAGGUGACUGAGCUGAUAGAGGAGAGUGGCCUCUUCGACGUCGAGCACACGGGCGUCUUCGAGUCGAGUUGGGACCCCCACGACGACUCCAAGUCCAACGGCGAUGCGGUGGCCGACUGCGCCCGCAGCGCCGACAGCAUCGCGAACUGCAGCAUCAGGGCCGUCAUCAAGCCGCUCAUCACGGACCACUUCGGGGAGUCCAUCGUUGACGAGCUCUUCCAGGUGUAUGUCCCCCUUGUUGCCAAGCAUCUUGAGAAAGGAAGGGCUAUGUACCCUGUCAUUGUUGUCUCCCUGAAGGGAAGGCUCUAAAAACUGGACACACCGGCCGGUAGCCCCUAUAGUGUGCUAUUCUUAUGAACCUAUAUAUAUGUAAUGUAUGUUUUAGUCAUAUAUUUUUCUUAAUGAUGUUUAGACCAGGGAUUGUAUUUACUCCUUGUGUCACACUCCUGCAGAUACUAAUCUUACCACUUAAGUUGUCCAUCAA